AUGCUUCCAGCUAGGCUGCAGCUUCCUAACAUGAGACGAUGGGGACUUCUGCCCUUCCUGGUGCCCUUCAUCUUCCUGUGGAGCACCGAGGAACCUGAGCUGGCCGAGGGCUUCUUUUUCAAAACAUGUCCAAAAGUCAGGGUAAAGUGUGAAGAUGAAGAGAGAAACCAUUGUACAAGACACAGACAUUGCCCUGAUCAGAAGAAGUGCUGCUAUUUUAGCUGUGGAAAGAAAUGUUUAGACCUCACAGAAGACAUUUGCAGUCUGCCAGUGGAUCCUGGCAGCUGCUUGGCUUACAUUCCCCGCUGGUGGUAUGACAAAGAAACCGAGCUCUGUUCUGAAUUCAUCUAUGGUGGUUGCCAAGGAAAUGCUAACAACUUCCCAUCUAAAGCUAUCUGCACAGUCAUCUGUAAAAAAAAAUGCACCACAUGA